GGGGGGCACGCCGCGCGCGGGUAGAGCUGACCGCGGCGGCCAGCUCGCAGUGCGGCCCGCGCUUCCCGGCGUCCGCGCGUGCUGUCGGCGCCCGCCGUCCGUGCCCGUCCCCGUAUGGCCGCAGCCGCCCUCUCCACCAGGCCCGGGUCCCGGCCUGGGCCCCGGCCGCUGCCUCUGCUUCUGCUUCCUCUGCUGCUGCUGCUGCUGCGCGUGGGCCCCGUCCGCGCCGACAGUAAGGUGUUCGGCGACGUGGACCAGGUGCGCAUGACCUCGGAGGGCUCCGACUGCCGCUGCAAGUGCAUCAUGCGGCCGCUGAGCAAGGACGCGUGCAGCCGGGUGCGCAGCGGGCGGGCGCGCGUGGAGGACUUCUACACGGUGGAGACGGUGAGCUCCGGCACCGACUGCCGCUGCUCCUGCACGGCGCCGCCCUCCUCGCUCAACCCCUGCGAGAACGAGUGGAAGAUGGAGAAACUCAAGAAACAGGCACCCGAGCUCCUCAAGCUGCAGUCCAUGGUGGAUCUCCUGGAGGGCACCUUGUACAGCAUGGACCUCAUGAAAGUGCACGCCUACGUCCACAAGUUGGCUUCCCAGAUGAACACAUUGGAAGAGAGCAUCAAGGCCAACCUGAGCCGGGAGAACGAGGUAGUGAGGGAGAGCAUGCGCCACUUCAGCGAGCAGCUGAGGCACUACGAGAACCACUCAGCCAUCAUGAUGAGCAUCAAGAAGGAGCUCUCCAGCCUGGGCCUCCAGCUGCUGCAGAAGGACGUGGCCACGGCGCCCGCCGCUGCCCCGGCCCCUGGCACCGGCAGCAAGGCUCAGGACACAGCUGGAAGGAAAGGCAAAGAAAACAACAAAUAUGGCAGCGUGCAGAAGAGCUUUGUCGAUAAGGGCCUCUUGAAACCUCCUAAGGAGAAGCUGCUGAAGGUAGAGAGGCUGAAGAAGGAGGGCAAAGGCAGAUUCCCCCAGCCCACAGCCAAGCCCCGGGCCCUGGCCCAGCAGCAGGCUGUGAUCCGAGGUAUCACCUACUACAAGGCAGGCAGGAAGGACACGACCGAGGCCAUGGCUGACAAUGCCCUCAAGGGUACUUCCUGGCUGGAGCAGCUGCCGCCCAGGGUGGAGGGCCGGCCCCCUGAGCCCAACUCAGCAGAGCAUGAGGAGGCUGCGCCCCAGGGCCCUGAGGGAGCGGAUCUGGCCCCUGGCACCCAUGCCUUGGAUCCCACCCCCACCCCAACCCCCACCACCAGUCCCCUGCCCACCGAGCCACCCCCACGCCCAGAAGUCCCCAGUCAAGGCAGAGAGGCGAGCUGUGAGGGUACCCUCCGGGCCGUGGACCCCCCUGUGCGACACCACAGCUAUGGGCGCCAUGAGGGGGCCUGGAUGAAGGACCCCGCUGCCAGGGAUGACAGGAUCUAUGUCACCAAUUACUACUAUGGAAACAGCCUGGUGGAAUUCCGCAACCUGGAAAACUUCAAGCAAGGCCGCUGGAGUAACAUGUACAAGCUGCCCUACAACUGGAUCGGCACGGGCCACGUGGUGUACCAGGGCGCCUUCUACUACAACCGCGCCUUCACCAAGAACAUCAUCAAGUAUGACCUGCGGCAGCGCUUUGUGGCCUCCUGGGCGCUUCUGCCGGACGUGGUGUAUGAGGACACCACGCCCUGGAAGUGGCGCGGCCACUCGGACAUUGACUUCGCCGUGGACGAGAGUGGCCUGUGGGUCAUCUACCCCGCCGUGGAUGACCGCGACGAGGCGCAGUCCGAGGUGAUCGUGCUGAGCCGCCUGGACCCCGGCGACCUGUCAGUGCAGCGCGAGACCACGUGGAAGACGCGGCUGCGGCGGAACUCCUACGGGAACUGCUUCCUGGUGUGCGGCAUCCUGUACGCCGUGGACACGUACAACCAGCAGGAGGGCCACGUGGCCUACGCCUUCGACACGCACACGGGCACUGAUGCCCGCCUGCAGCUGCCCUUCCUCAAUGAGCACGCCUACACCACCCAGAUCGACUACAACCCCAAGGAGCGGGUGCUCUACGCCUGGGACAACGGCCACCAGCUCACCUACACCCUCCACUUCGUGAUCUGAGUGGGGACCUGGGGUCACAGGAGAGGAGCGGCCAUGGGCAUGGGGGCUCCCCACAGCGACUCCUGCAAGGGACUCCCUCAGCAAAUAUUUACUGGGGGCCAGGCCCAGGGCUAGGUGCUAGGCAGGUGGCUUAGCAAGGAUCAGCCUUCUUUAGCACCCAGUGAAGUAAUAAUCGCUUCCACCUGCAGAAUAUUGUCAAGAGCUUCACCUGCACUAACCUGCUUAAUCUUGACCCCCUUGGAGGUAGAGGCAGUUAAGCCCAUUUAACAGAUGAGGAGACUGAGGCCUCAGUCUGGAUCAGGCUAGCCCACUUUACAGAUAAGACCUGACCAUGCUCUCCCCUACCUCCAACCCUCUCCCUUCUCUCCUGGUUUUUCUUGUCCUCUCAAGUCUGUCUCCCUACCCAGGGGCUACUGGAAACCUUUGGGACCAACACGCUAGUGUUGGGUGGAGGCCAGCUCUGCAUGCCAUCCCAGGGCCCUGUUCUGACUGAGCUGCUGGUGGCCCUGGGGCUUUGGGCCCUUUGGCUGAUGUCCUUGCUCCUUGCCUUUGGCCAGCCCCCCAUCCCCACCCGCUGUCUGACCGCAUUCCAAACCUCCACAGUCACCCAGCCACUGAACAGAAACCACACCCCAAGAAAAAAAUACCAGCCCCCCUUCCAAGACCCCCUCCCUCUGUACUCAUUUUUAUUUUCUCUUAUUCUUCAUCAGUGCCGUCAUUUGUUUCUGAGGCAGCAGCUGAGAAGGCUGCAGGCAGCUGCCUGCCACCACAACUCUACCAGAGUGGGGAACUGGGCCAGGCCCUGGGGCUCCCUCUCCACCCAGGAGUGCUGGCUCCAGCCAUACCCAGGCUGUGGGACCUCUCCCCACUACCUCCCAGAGCCUUUGGGCCGGGGUCCACCUUGUCCUUUCUCUUUGGACUUUUUAACCCACAACCUACGUGCACUCAGGGAUACUCCAGGUCUGCCAUGAGCAAGACCCUAAGCCUGAGGCUGGGCAGUACCAGGAUGAAACAGGUUUCCUUUUCCUUGGCAGUCCUAACCUGGUCUUUAGGUGAGCUGGCCUGGGAGACGGCGGGGAGGCUGAGAUCUGGGCAGCCAGCACAGAGGAGGUUUUGGACCUUCUGGUGGCAGGGAAGAGCCAGGGGGUGAAAGCUGGGAGGGAAGGAGAAAGGGGUCUGUGGGUCAGGCUUUUCCUGACUUCAGAGAUAUUGAGGCCAGGGUGCCCGGAGUCCAACUUGGGGCUGAAAAUGCACAGGUGGGCUCCCCUGAGCCUCAGUCCCAGGCAACCCAGGGGAUCAGACCUUCAGGUCUGUCCCUAUCUGCUUUGAACAACAUUUUUAGAGCUGGAAGAAGUUCUCAGCCUGACUCCUUGCAUCAACAAAGGAGAAAGGGCACAGAGCCACUCCGGGAACGGGACAUAGCCAACCUCCUUCCAGAAGGGCUUUGUCCAAAUCCUUUAUCCUACAGGCUUGGAGGCAGCUAGGCUGUAGACCCCCCGGCACCCAAGCCAUACCAACACGUUUGAAGGGUAUUUACAGCUGAUCUCGACACAACCCCGGACCCUGCUGCUCUCAUUCAGUCCCCAUGCCAGCUCCCAGGUGUCUGUGUAUAUGAACACCCAGCUGCCACGUUGGGAAAUUCAGCUGCAUACCCUGGAGUGUAAGGAAAUGCAUUUUGUGCAGAAUACACUUCUUUCAGACAUUGUCAGGUGACGUUAUUUUGUUUAAGCUGUAACUCACCCCCAAAAUAAAGGGGAAUGAUGACGCCCAGCCGAGCCAGGCCUGACUCAUAGUAGCGGACUCAUCCAGGCGCCCCCACCCAGUGGAACUCCAAGGGCUGAGCAUACAGACUCUUUGGGGGCUGCAAGUCCUGGGUGUGGGUCUUAGAAGACUCAGUGCUUUGUGAUAUCACAGCCCAACCAUGUGAGAAGUGUUCAGGCUCCUCUCUUCCCAUUAGUCUUAGAAAAGGGAAAGUUAAAAUGGACUGAUGUUGAAAAAAGACAAGCAGAAUGGUUUUCUCGGGGACAGGAUGCUGGUUGCAGCCUCUAAAUAUUCACUGAUCCCCUUCUGCUUUCAGGUGCUUGUAUGUGGGUUACAUUGUAGGUACAGUUAUUUUCCUCAUUUUACAGAUAGUCAGACUGGUGCCCAGAGAAGUUAAGUGGAGGCAGUUAAGUGGAAAGCCAGGUUUCCAAAUCAGGUAAUAUAACAUGAACAUCAACAGUGGGCUAAGAAAGACAUGUGCAUCUUCACAACAGUGGAAGGUAUAUACUCUGUGUGUGCCCAUUUUACAGAUGGGAAAACUGAGGUGAAGGGACUUACCCAAGCAAGCAGUUUACUCUGUAGCAGAGUCAGGUUUUCACGGCUGGUUAGUACGUGUUUUCUGUCAAUUGUAUAUUUCUCUCGCAGCAGCUCCAGAAUAGUGCUCGUUUCUUUUAGACCAGUGUAGCCAAGCCAUGAAUUGCAUCUUCAUAGGAGAAGGUGAUGGCACCCCACUCCACUCCAGUACUCUUGCCUGGAAAAUCCCAUGGACAGAGGAGCCUGGUGGGCUGCAGUCCAUGGGGUCG